AUGACAGGUUGUCGCUUGGGUCUCUUUAUAUCUGCUGUCAUAGUUAAGAGUUCGUUUUCCGGAAUUCUAUCAAGGGAUAACAUCAGUAUAGAGCAUGAUGUGACAUUUGGUCUUGCUGACUGCGUGACAGCGUCAAACAAGCUGGUCGUUUUUAUGGCUUCCGGUGUUGCACUGCUUUCUCAACGUCACCUCAGUUGGCGGCUUUGCGUCGUGGCAAAAGGUGGUCAUGAAACCCUGCGUGGAGGAUUCGCCGCCGCCCUACAAGGUGUCGGGCACCAGGUGCAGAUCUUCGAGAUCUUAAUGAACUACCUCGGCCGUUGUCACGAAUGGGUGAUUCCGGAAAUACAUAGCUACGGCUACCAGUAUCCCAACGGCUCGUGGGUCGGGCUUAUCGGCUCCGUCCACAGCGGGCGCGCAGACUUGUCGAUGGCUCUCGGCCACACCAUCGACAGGACUCAGGUGGUCGACUUCAGCGAGAACCUCUACAUGGAGGAAUUCGCCAUCGCCUACAAGCGGCCGAAGCUCACCUCCGACAUCAUCGGCUUCACCAGGCCCUUCGCUCUCUCGCUGUGGAUAACGGUGUUCGUGGCGACUCUGUUCGUGUGCGCAACCUCUUGGCUCAUUCUCCGGUCUCACUCCGCCCUCUCUGACUCGCGGAGGCCGGGGCGCGACGGGGAUCCGGGCGCAGGGAACCGAACGCGUUUUCUUCGAGAUGUUGAGGAGUCUGUUCCGUUGGACCAUCUGCCAUCUUAUUGGUCAGCCCGUGCCGCAGGAUCCCGCAGGCAACGGGCCCAGGAUCGCCGGCGGCCUGUGGCUCCUGUCGGCCUUCAUCCUGGGCGUGGUGUACCGGGGCAACCUCAAGGCCAUGCUCAUCCUGCCGAAGGUGGUGCUGCCCUUCGACACCCUGCAGGAGCUGACGGAGACCAACAUCCCCAUCUGGAUCCCCGAGGGAAAUCUCGUCCAUAAGGCCAUCAUGGUAGGAC